UUUCAAUUAAUUGUUUGGAUUCUCAUUUUUCAGAUGAUAUUGAACCCUCAUUUGAUGGAGGUGACCAAGAAUAUCAUGCGAAAGGAAAUGCUGCUGUCCACAUUAAAGUUACCCUAAAGGAAAAUAUAACCAAGGAAACAGUUACUCCAGAAAAAAGCAAAACCAGUACAUGAAUGUGACAAACCAGUUUAGACUCUCAGUACAUGCUUGACAAUUGAAUGAGGAAAAUAUAUAUGGAAAGUUCUCUCAGCAUCAAAUAAGUGUAAACAUCAGAAAAGAUUGAGCUUUAAGUACUUUUUUAAGGCAGAAAUACCUUUAAAAUCAGAUCUGUUUAUAUUUAUACAUUAUUUUCUUAUAUUAAGAGCUAGAAGUAUUUUGCAAAAUGUUUUUUUCCUUGUGGGAACUAACCAUGUGGCUUGGUGUCACUGUUCUGGAGAUGUUCAUAUGGCUCACGGCAGUGUUGAUCACACUUGUCCUGGUGGUCCUGCGAGUAGAAGGGGUGAUGCCACGAAUGAGUUGGUGGGUUGUCCUCUCCCCCAUGUUCAUAGCCGAUGCUCUCAAUACAUACUUUUGUGUCAUUGUCCUCAUUAGAAUGUACCUGAAUGGUGUGCUCAAACCAGCCGCAUUACGAGCACUUUGGAGUUUUUCUGUACUUACAUUAGGUUUUAUUUUUAAAUUUCUCUUGUGUAAAAAGUUGGUGAAACCCACUGAAUUUGAAUAUUCUGCUGUUAUGUCACCUGUGUUUAUUCUCCUACAGUUGAUCAUGAUAAGAGCAUGUCACCUUAAUUAAUAAUAUUCUCUCAUGUUUUAAUGAAUAAAUAAAUUCACAAAGAUCAUUCAAAUAAUUUUCAUAGUGUAUCUCCCUGUGAUUUACAGCAUAAAUAAAUAAUGUGUAACUUGAA